AUGUUCGCACCCAAGGCUGCUGCCCCCUCGACGGGCGGUUUGAAUAUUAAUACUAACUCCGCAAAUUCUCUCUUCGGCACCAAUCCACAGACCACCUCAACAUCAACCCCAGCAUCAGGCACGUCAGGAAGUCUGUUUGGCAACGCCAACUCCACCGCCCAAUCGAAACCAACAGGAAGCCUAUUCGGAAAUACACAAUCCACUCAACCCGCCGGGUCGAACAUGUUCUCGGGCCUGGGCCAGCCGCAAACUGGCGCGACUGGUGGUGGCAUUUUCGGAGGAGCCUCUACAACUACAACUACACAACCGCAAUCAUCUGGCUUGUUUGGUACAACUGGUGCCGGCGCUGGAACAAGCACCACCCAAACCGGGACGGGUGGCUUGUUCGGCGGUGGAUUGGGCGCAACAGCCCAAACUCAGCAGAAGCCUUUGGGCCUGAAUAAUGUCGCCAGUGGUACUACAGGCGGCUUAUUCGGCAACACGCAAAACACUCAACAGCAAUCUCAACAACCUCAAAAGCCAAGCCUUGGCCUGUUCGCCAACGCUAGCACCGCACAGCAACCGUUGCAGCAAAGCACAGCCACAGGGAACGUCGUCCCGGGUGUGAAAGUCGAUCUCACCAACCUACUCCCGACCACCAAGUAUGAGAGCUGUGCCGAUGAGCUACGCCGCGAGAUUGAGAAUAUCGACAACGCUAUUCUCGAGCAAAUCCGUAUGUGCAACGAGGUUGCUGACAUACUCCCUACCAUUGAACAACAGGGUUCAACCAUUCCAAACGACGUGGAAUUUGUACAGGGCAAACUAGAUACCAUCCAGCAUGCUCUUGAGAACGAUGCCAGUGACAUUGACCAGCUCCGAGGACUCGUCACCCGUGAUGCGGCCGAGGCCCAGGUUGCCUUCCGCGCAAUCGAUACCUUGAAACUGCCCAUGCAAUAUCAGUCAUCAGGGGGUGGGGGUUGGUGGUCAGUGCAUGAUCAAAAGGUUCCAGACCGCGGAUCACUGCGGUCGACCCGGAAGAAUACCUUGGCACUCCCUGAUGACGUGGAGGUCGACCCAUCCACUGCCAAUGCAGUGAAUGGUGUGCCUGUCAACUUGGUGGAUUACUUUUCCCAUCGCUCGGACGAGAUGAGUGCUGUCCUUGGCCGCUACAAGGGCAACUUGAAGGAGAUUGAAGAUCACCUCCACGGAGUGGAAGUCAACUUGAACCGCCAGAUUCACGACUUUAUCAGCUCCAAGUCCCGCGAUGGAUCGGGUGCCGGGACCCCCAAGUCUGCGGUCAAUGAUCUGGCGGCUGUCCUGGGCGAUGUCGAGGCUGGAAUCAUGGGUGUUGCUGCUCGACUUGGCAGUGUUACCGAGCAAGUCCAAGAGGUGAGCCUAGGACCAUUGGGUCUGGGCGAUGGCCGAAUGUGA